AUGGCUAAACCCAAAUACUCUACGUAUUCUUCCAACUUACAAAAGGCCGAAGUGGCAGUCACUGAGAAACAAGAUGAAAAGCCUCGAACCGGCGCUUACACGUCCAUCAUUCUUGCAGCAGCGAUACCUAGCCUGCUCGUAUUAUCUGUGACUGGAGUUCUUAUCGGCUUGACUCUAAAACACCGCGUAAUUAUCAACACCGGCUUACCUGAAUUCCAAGCUGCUCCCUCUAGCAGCAAUACCGCGCCGUCGAGCAACUUUGAUAGUCUAGUGCAGACGGGAGGCUCAAACGCAUACUAUAUCGACUUCAAUCCGUCGUCUCUCACUACCAUUGCUUCUGUGACUGGAAAGUUCAUUCCAUAUCUUUCGAGCGCUGUUACUGGAAUUGCCGCAUUUUUCGCGGCGAAUACCAUACACAAGAUAACACAAAACGAACAAGAUGCUAAACUCCUGACACCAAAGCAAAUGUCCAUUAUGCUAGGGCUGCUUCUCAGCGGUUGGCAGGGCACGUGGGAUUCUAUAUGCUAUAGAGUGAAGAAGGGUAACAGAUUUAACGGUCCUCUUUUGGCUGUUUUCAUUACUCUUACUGUCACAACACUCUUGGGUUUUAUAAUUCCCGUCAUAGAUACGUGGUUUGGCAUUGUUGUCGUCCCAAAGGAACAAACGCAAUUACAAGUCAUCAGCCCUCCCACCCACUCAUUUAGUCGAGGACUAAAUAACUCAAGCGACUGCAUAAAACUCGCCGAUGAGGGUACACCAUGCAACAUUGGAGUUAUGGCGCUGGAAAGCAUCCUUGAAUCCAGCAGCGAGGGCUUCAAAAUCGCAAACAACGUCUCCACCACCAACGUUGUGAACCAAUUCGCAGCAAGCCCAUCGCAGAUGAUCUUGUAUCUCGCAGAUGCAGCAGCAAUAUCAUCAGGUCUCGAUUAUAAAGCCAGCACUUUCGCAGCAUCCGCUCAGUGCCAGUCGAUAACAUACAAGUGCGUACAAAACACCAACAUUGAAGCUGGAAACUCGGAUUACAACUGCACGAGCGCACUUCAGGGUGAUUUCAACGAACCUGACAACAAUCCGGACGAUGCAGAAAUAUUUUAUAACCCGUCAGGCGCAAGAUUAUUCACCAACGCAAGCUUGACCGAGACCACCCGCUUCAGUUUCCAGAACCCGGUGUACUUUGCUGCUUGGGCUACAAGAGUACAGAUUGAUUCCAGAACUUUGGGCAGCGACAGCGGGAUUGUUGCCAGUUCUAAUAUUCCUAACGUAUUCAAUUGGAUUCUUAACUGCUCCGCGACGUUUUACGAGGCUACAUAUGCUUGGGUCAACGGCUCUGUAAUCAGCCUCAACACUACGCUUGUGAAUGAUACCAUGGGCGGUAUUCUCUCCGCCCCUUUGUCUGAUCAACAUGCAAAUGAUCUGAUGCAAGUUGCAACGAACUUGGCAAGUGUCAGCAACAGCUCUGCCGAGAUUUCAACCAUAACCGCAAACUAUGUCGCCCACCUCGCAUUAUCGCUUUCAAUCGGCGCCAUAGAUAGCCGAGCAAAUCUGCUUGAGCAGUCUCGCUCAACCUUGCUACUCACACGGGUCCCGACUGUUCCCUUUUAUCUUUUGAUCGCUUUUAAACUCGUUUACGUCCUGGGCGUUGUGCUAUUUGCAAUCGCUGCCAUCAUUUUGACGCAUCCCAGCGAGUCAGCGGGUAUUAGAGCAAAGCUCACAAUUGACGGAUUAAUGACGACGAUUUAUAGAGAUGGUAAAAUUAAAAGCUCGCCUGUAGCGAGUUCAGAGGACCAAGCGGAGCCACAAGAGCCAGAACAAGCAGAAGAGGUAGCUGGAGAAGGAGAUGUAAAGGUUUCCAUUAUAAGGGAUAAUGAUGAUUGGUCCUAUGCUGCAGUGAUACGAGAUAAAAACGAAACAGUGGUAAAAAUUGUAUAGGAGCGUGGAAAUAUGGGCGAGACUUUUUACAAAUCAAGAUGGAGAAAGCUGU